GUUCUUUCACUCCAAGUCUGACAGCAGUCAUAAACGGAGCAACAGUCAAAAGGGGAAAUGGAUGAGCUAAACUAAAAUAACCUAAGCCUAAUUGACCUAUUUUUGACGACCUAACCUCAGGCUAAACUAAGGUGAGCUACACUAUGAAAGGUUAGUCUAAUACUAAACCAUUAUUAAUUAAAGGUAAGCUACGCUGCAGUAGCUGAUCUAAGAUCAUUUCUAAAGGGUAAACCGAACCUAACCACGUUUUCAGCUAAAACAUUUUUCUCUAUCAAACUUUUCUCUUUGGGAAAUGAGAACAAAUUGUGGUUUUGUGACAAGACUGCUGGAAACAAAGAGCCUGAAUAUACAAUUUUAAAUUGAUUGUUUGCUAAUUUGGUAUUUAUGUGUCAACGUAAUGCUGGUUUAUGUGGAGUUUAGGAGCCUGUCAUGGUAGUCUGAGUUAAGUGGUUUAGUGAACAAAAAUAUAAUCUAAAAAUGGUAAGGAACUGCACUGGGAGCUAGUGAUAAAGAAAGCAAAGUCCAAAGAAAAAUCAAAACAGAAAUUAUUCAUUCAGAAAAUCAAAGAAUAAUCAAUUAUCAAAACAAUCUAGGAAAGUCAAAUCUUUUAACCUUUGAGGUGAGAAUAAAUCAUGCAGAAACUGGAAACAAACUGCAUCUUUAACUCCAGUACUGAGCAUGCUCAGUGACGAGGACAGGAUUUCCCUCAGCUGGCACGCCUCCACCAAUCUGAGGUGGCAGUGAUAUGCCAGGGACUCCUUCCUGGAAAAGGAGGAUUUUACUGGAGAAGCGCUGGCUGCUGCUGGCGGCUUAAAUCUGAUUCUGGUAAGCUGUUUGAUCCUCAGGUUCAGACACAUCACUGCUGCCCGAAAUAAAACCAACCAACAGGAGGAGUGGAAACUCAGGCUUCGCUGCCAGGAAUGCUCAAAGCCAACAGCAACAUCUCACUGCGAUGGACUUCUACUGAUGACAUGUGAAAUCUGCUAACAGAACACACCUAGAAACUAGACUGCGUGUCCCAGGAAGCUUUGCUGCAAGAACGACCAAUCAGAGGCAACUUUCUUCAAGAUGACAGGGCCAGAGCACCAAAGAACAUGCUGCUCCUACAGAGAAGAUACUCCAAUACCUUCUGUUGUCCUCCUCCAAGCAGUUGGUUCCCAUUAAGAGGAGUGCAAGCCUCGGGCUGCAGACGUCCCUCUUCAGACUGAGGAGGCCUGCGGCUUCUAUCAGGCUGCUGAAACCCUCUCCUCUUGCAGCCAUGGGGAACCACGGCUCGAACCUGGACGACAUUCUGGCCGAAGACAUGCACCACUGGUACAACAAGUUCAUGAGGGAAUCUCCGUCAGGCCUCAUCACGCUGUUCGAGCUGAAGGCCAUCCUGAACCUCAAGGGCAUCACGGAGAACGCCAACAGCUACGUGGAGCAGGUCUUCUUCACCUUCGACAUGGACGGGGACGGUUACAUCGACUUUGUGGAAUACAUCGCGGCCGUCAGCCUGCUCCUGAAAGGAGAAAUCAACCAGAAGUUGAAGUGGUACUUCAAACUGUUCGACCAGGACGGCAACGGGAAGAUCGACAAGGAUGAACUGGAGACCAUUUUCACGGCCAUCCAGGACAUUACACGGAACAGGGACAUCGACCCGGAGGAGAUCGUUACGCUGAUUUAUGAAAGGAUCGAUGUGAAGGGCGAAGGUGAGUUGACGCUGGAGGAGUUCAUUGAUGGAGCCAAGGAGCACCCAGACAUCAUGGACAUGCUGAAGAACCUGAUGGACCUAACACCGGUUCUGGAGAUCAUCGUGAAAGGCCGACAGCCCGCCAUCCAGGACUGAGGACAAAUAAACACCUUUAGACUCUUGGCGGACGUCUAAAAUCUACCCAUCCACACAAAUCAAGCCCAAAGAACUUCACUGUCAGCCGUCCGACUCUUCCACGAGUCAUUUUCCAUCACUUCCUUCAGGAAUUUCCUCAGGAAUGUUUCCUGAUUGGAAGCAGCUGCAGGAGAUUUGACUCCUGCUCAAAAAGUUGUCACUUUUUCUAAGAAGUGUCUCCUGAUGGAGUGUUAUUUUUUUACUCUUCAGUCCUUUCAGAAAAACUUUUUCAAACUGUUUUCUUUUGGGGAUCUUUGAACAUUUGUACCCUGUGAAUAUUUUGUAAAGAAAAAAAAAAAAAAAAAGAUUUAUAGCAAAAUAUUUUCACAUCCGUGAAGUUUGCAAUCUGACAGUCCAAAAUUAAUAGUUAAAUGAUGGGAGCAUUAAUCAACAAAACCACAAAUCAAAUCUACCAAUGUGUUUCCAAGAAUAUAAAUCUGACAUGACCACAAAGAUCAGUUUAGUUUUCUUUAGUUGAAACAUGUUUUAGAUUUUAGCGUGUUAGAGCCGUGUUCAAUGUGCUGAUGUUCAACAUCGAUCAGUUUGAAGGACAAAUACAAAGCAGCAAGAAGAUUUCUGUUAUUUUCUUAGACUCUGAUUCACACCAGAACCACCACAAAAAGAAAUGGAUCACCUUACUGUGCAUCUUACUGUGGUCCGGAAUCAGUUUGUUAGGUUACUAACGGAACCGAAUUGGACUUCUGUAGCUCUAACACACCCGUCUGAAGAAAGUUCAUUGGGUUGCAGAUAAUCUCUGAUCCAGACCUCAUUUCUUUACCUUCUCCUUCCAAGCAGCGGGAAUGUGGUCCAGAUCGGAUCAGUUUCCUGAAGAAAAACGAAGUUGCUGCUGCUUUCUGAGAGAUGUUAGUAACAGAUUUCUGUGGGCAGUCUCUGUGAAUGGAGCAUGCUGGGAAUCCUCUUAAACCUGUAAGAGGUUCGGCUUCUUUCUUCCCUCAAAUGAAACGGCAGGAUGACCAGGAGCGGCAAUAUGUCACUAAAACACACGACAGUCGUGUUCAAACAAGACCGAAUCACCUUCAGAAACCUGCUCCUCUUGCUCGAGGCCAGUUCGUGGACCAUCACAGGUCAGAACGGGAAAAACCAGGCCAGCAGGCCAGGAUUUAUCUCACCUAAAGCAGGAUUUACAGGCUUUGGCUGUCGUCUCAUUAAGGAAACCCCGGGUCCAUCAUCAGGAAAGCGAAACUGGAAAAUCUUUAUGGUAAAAAAAACAUAAAACACAUAUUUACAGAGAGAAAUUAAAGGCUCAGUAUGCAACAGCUACCGAAAUCUAGGGGUUCACGCCGAGAUUGCAAUGAUUUGUUUUUGGCCUUUUGUUGUAAAAAGUUCACAACAAAAGGCUGAAUAAUUAGAGAAAUCAAAACUGUGGCCUUUAGUUUGAAGACUUCCUUCUCAAGUUUAGUGAUUCUGUCCUUUGUCUUGUUUUGGGCCCAAAUUCCCUCCAGGUGUAGCUCACAUAAAAAGUUCCUCCUGAUUUUAGCCUGGAGCCGAUUCAAGCAAAGUGACGUGAAAAUACGAUUUUCAGCUAAGAAAUCUUCUUCUGGUGUUUCUGACCAAUUAAUGCUCUACUGACGCUAGUUACUGAGUUGAGGGAAAUACUCCAGCAUCGACCCCGACCGGCUCUUUGUUGGUGAGGAAGAAGAGCAGUUGUACAGAGGAACACUUUUAGAACAUGUUCUGCUUAAAAUGACCAGAUUAUUUGACUUUAUUCCUCCCAGCAUCAGUUUGGAACUCCCUCUGAUGAUGAAGAGAGAUCAGACCGAGGAAGGUUAAAGCUAUAAACUGGUAUUCAUACAGUCACAUCAAAACCAUUUUUUUUUAUCGUGCAUGAAAAUUCUAAAAAGCUUUGUGUUUUUGUUGCCUUACUAAUAAAGUUUUCAAACAUCA